UUGGACAUUUCCACUUUGCCAUUGAUCGUCAGCAAAGUCAAUGCAACAACAAGAUUGAGUGAAGACAGAUAUGAUGAUGUUUCAACGAUCAGUUGAUACCAGACAAGGCCUGCAUCACAUUCUGCUGAUAGCUGCACUCAUUGGAUUUGUCCAAGACCUGAGCAGCGGAGGAGGAGCGCAUGCAUGGAGCUACAACUUCAACAUCAGUUCAAACCGUCAAUGGCUGGAGGCCCGUCAGUGGUGCCAGCAGCACUUCACAGACAUGGUGCCCAUCAGGAACCAGGAGGAGAGUGACUUCAUCAACAAUUUGCUACCUUUUAACACAAAAUAUUACUGGAUAGGCAUAGGCAAAAGGGAGGGAGAGUGGGUCUGGAAAAACACAGACGAGAAGGUGCCAGAAGAUGCUCAGAACUGGGCGGUGGAGGAGCCAGAUAACAUCGCCGCUCAGGACUGUGUGGAGAUUUACAUCAAGAGGGUUAAAGACACAGCCAAGUGGAACAAUGAGAACUGUCUCAAGAGGAAGGGAACCGUCUGCUAUACAGCUUCUUGUAAACCAGAGUCCUGCAGUGCCAAUGCAGACUGUGUGGAGACGGUGGGUAACUACUCCUGCCAGUGCCAUCCUGGUUUCCUGGGGUCACGCUGUGAAGAGGCAAUCGCGUGCAAACCCCUGCUGGACCCAGAACAAGCUUCCAGCUACUGUUCCCGUCCCUAUGGGUCAAAUCGUUUCAACUCUUCCUGCCGUUUCCUCUGUGAUCUCGGCUUUCGCAUUGUGGGCGAGUCCCCUCUGCUGUGCCAGGCCAGCGGACUGUGGACCCACCCUGUUCCUCUGUGUCAAGUUGAACAGUGUCCAGUCCUGAACCACAGCAGCAUCAAGAACUGCAGCCACCCAAUCGCCCCGUACAGCUUCAAGUCCGUCUGCCAGGUCCGGUGUGAUGAAGGCUACGAGCACCGUGGACCAGACCAGAUACGCUGCCACUACAACGGCCAGUGGACAUCCAUAGUCCCAGAUUGUACAGUAAAAAGGUGCUCCCCCGCUUUCUUUCCUGUCUCGGGCAAUGUGACCUGUGUGGACGCUGUGGAGCCUUUCUCUUUUGGUUCACGAUGCAACUUCACCUGCCAGGAAGGCCACUACCUGACCAGAGACGACACAUACACCUGUCUGUCCUCGGGACAUUGGAGCAACCCUACACCUACAUGCACAGUGGUGCGGUGCAACAGUUUAAAGGCUCCACCUCAUGCCUCCAUGCAAUGUCAGGACCCAGGAGUGAACAGCUAUGGCUCAAUAUGCUCCGUGCUAUGUGAAGAAGGAUUUGAUCUGAUUGGUGGAAACAUGACGAAAUGUUCUGCCCAGGGAAACUGGAGUCAUGCACUUCCUGUUUGCCAGGCUAAGAGGUGUAACCCAAUAAAUCCUCCUCAUGGCUCCCUAUCCUGUUCUGACCCAAACGGACUGUUCAGUUUUGGGUCUCUGUGCAAGACAACCUGCGACGAGGGCUUUCUUCUAAAUGGGACCAACAGCACUGAGUGCACUUCCCAGGGUGUUUGGAGUGCAGACAUCCCACAAUGCUUGGCUAAAAUAUGUCCCACCCUGAGCUCCCCCUCUCAUGGCUCCUUAGUCUGCUCUGAUUCUCAUGGAGAGUUCAGUUUUGGUUCUCAGUGUGUAUUAACAUGUGAGGAGGGUUUUCUCCUGAAUGGGACGGCUGACACAGAGUGCACCUCUCUGGGCACGUGGAGCACUGAUAUUCCACGUUGCUUAGCUCAAAGAUGUCCCACCCUGAGCUCGCCCUCUCAUGGCUCCUUAGUCUGCUCUGAUCCUCAUGGAGAGUUCAGUUUCACUUCUCGGUGUGUAUCAACCUGUGAGGAGGGUUUUCUCCUGAAUGGGACGGCUGACACAGAGUGCACCUCUCUGGGCACGUGGAGCACUGAUAUUCCACGUUGCUUAGCUAAAAGAUGUCCCACCCUGAGCUCCCCCUCUCAUGGCUCCAUAGUCUGCUCUGAUUCUCAUGGAGAGUUCAGUUUCAGUUCUCAGUGUAUGUCAACGUGUGAGGAGGGUUUUCUCCUGAAUGGGACGGCUGACACAGAGUGCACCUCUCUGGGCACGUGGAGCACUGAAUUACCCCACUGCCUGGCACGGCCAUGCCCCCUACUGGACAAGGCCCCACAUCACGGGAGGAUGAACUGCAGCCAUCCGUACUCCUCUUUCAGCUAUGACUCCAGCUGUGACUUUGAAUGUAAUGAGGGCUUCUGGCUGAGAGGAACACCAACUAUGACAUGCAAUACCUCAGGACACUGGCGUCAGGAUCCACCCACCUGCCAGCCGUUACAGUGUGAGGCUAUUCCUGCCUUGUUUGGAUCCCUGUCUGUGAACUGCUCCCAUCCUCUGGGGAACUUCAGCUUUGGCUCUCAGUGUAUUUUUGCCUGUGAAGGGGGAUUCUCCAUGAAUGGCACUGAGCUGUUGUUUUGCUCCUCCUCUGGGAUUUGGAACGACAGCCGGCCAAACUGCACAGAGGAUCUGACAGUGUGGGCUGCCAUGCUGCUGUCUUCAGGUUUCGUAGUAGCCUACGUGGUCGUGCUGCUGGUCCUGAUUGGACUGGCUGUGUUGAUCACAAUGAGAUUUAGAAAAAAAAGAGAAAAUAACAUGAUGUCUGAAGCACCAGCAUGGGGAGACCGAGAGAACCCAGCAUUUGAUUUUGACUCCUGAUUUUUCUAAUCAUUUCGAAUUCUUUAACCUAAUGCUCUCAAUCAAUAUCAAGCUUGUUUACUAUACAACACUGGAACCAAGAAAUUGCACGUAGUAGGAAUAGAGCUUUGCAUUGAUGGGUUAUUACAAUUUCCACUCGAUAAAAAUUUGAUCAUUUAAGAUUCAAAGACUUAAUUUGCAAAAGCGCAAUAUAGUGGAGUUGUUGUUAAUGAAAGUCUUAAAUCCCAAGCUAAUUAUUCACAUUCUGCAUGACAACCUUCUCAUGUUCUUAAUGGCACAAAGUACAGUCAAUGUGCAUCUUUUGCUCUCUGUCUUACUUUGUAUAUUGCUUGAUUGACAAUAAACUAUUUUGAAUUGUC